UGUAUCAAUUACCGGGUCGUAGUUUUUCUUUUUAUUCGUUUUUCUAAUAUAGAUGCAAGAAACGGCGUUCAGGUGGAAGUAAUCUCCGACUUUGUAGACCUAUUUUCCACAAGAUAAUGAAGAUAUCCAUACAUUUGCUUCAAGAAAACGAAAAGAAAAAGGGGUGUUGAAUAGUAUGCAGUGAAAUGCAAGUCAACUGAAGUCAGCUUAGAAACUUCAAAAUACCAGCAACUACGGAGAUAUAGCAGAAAUGGAUAAUGAUGAGAGAAGAAAGAUGAAGGAACUGUUGAAGGAAAAAGGGAAGGAAGAUGAACCUUUACAGUGGAUGUACAAGCAAAAUAAACCUGACACAGAGGACUAUCUUCUGGGAAAGAGACUGGACAAGUUUGAGGAGAAAGAAGAGACAAAAGAAGACAGCUAUGGAGCAUUGUUCAGUGAGAGAAUUCAGCACAACAUUGAGAAGGAUGCCCAGUCUAAAAUGAGAGAGGACCCACUGUUUGCAAUCAGGCACAAAGAAGAAGAGGCAAAAAGACGUUUAUUGGACAAUCCGGUGAAAAUGAAAAGACUACAGCAAGCAAUUGAAAGACAGAAGGAGGGAAAGAAGAAAAAGUCAAAGAAGAAGAAACACAAAGCUAGAGAUUCAGACAGUGAUAGUGAUGAUGAUUUAAUGUCAGCCUAUCUUAAUAUUUUAAACUCUAAACAUAAAGGUGGUAAAUCAGUUGACAAGGGAGGUAAGUCUAAGGACAGGAAAAGACAAAGGGAGCUAAGUCCAGAUGAAGGUGGUCGUAGCCAUAGUAACAAUAAAUCAAGGGAAGAAACCUAUCGGCAUGAAAGAGAUAGAGAAGAUUCAAGAGAAAAUGAGAGGAGAAGAGGUAAAUAUGAUGAUAGGGACAGUGUUGAUAAUGAUAAUAGAUACAGUGAUAGAAAUAGAUAUGAUGAUAGAUAUGAAUCUGGGAGAAAAUCACAUAGAGAAACUGAAAGUAGAGACUGGAGAUCUGAACAAGGUAGAGGUGAAAGAAAUAGAGAUAGAGCACAUUAUAAUGAACAACAUGAUUCAGAUAGAAAAUACAGAGGCGAUAAGUAUUACAGGGAUGAUGUUAGGUCUUCUAGAAGAGAUAGUGAUAGGGAAGAUAGAAGUGGGUAUAGUGACCGAUAUAAUGAUAGAGACCGAUUUAAUGAUAGAGUCGAAUUGGAAAGAAUAUCACAUAGAGAUGAUAGGAAUGAGGAGAGAUAUUCUCGGUCCGAGAGAGAUCGAAAUGAAAGGGAUGGUUACUAUGACAGGGAUAGACACAAAAAUAACAGCAGAUCUAAAUAUGAUGAGAAACAGAACAAAAGAAAUAGAGCAGCUUCUUCUGAUUCUGAUUCUGAAACAGAGAAAAGAUCUAAAAGUAGUAAAAAAGCAGCUAGUUCUAGACAUUAUAGUGAUAAAGGAGGGAAAUCUAGACAGAAGAAAUAUUUAAGUUCUGAUUCUGGGUCUGAGUCAGAUAGUAAAUCUGAUGACAAUAAGACAGAAAAAAAGUCUGUAAGAGGUGCUACAAAGUAUGGGAGACAUCGGUCAUCAUCGUCGUCAUCAUCAUCAUCAGAAUCUGAAAAAAAAAAGUGUGUUGUUAAAGGUCAAAAGAAACAUGAUAAUGUGGUAAAACGAAAACGACAGAACUCAUCAUCAUCAUCAUCAUCAUCUGGUAGAAACAAUGUGAGAUCUCGACCUUUGGAGACUAAAAAUGGUAGACAGAAUUCGCAAGCUGUAAAUAGGAAGCAAUCUGAUUCCCUUUCAAGUUCUGAUUCUCAGGAAGAAACCAAGAUUCCCAGGAAAAAGAUGAUGGAUUCGGGGAGUGAUUCUGAGGAGAGGAAUGAAAAGCCUAAAAAUUAUGGUCUUGUAAUCCUGAAUCCUGACAUGGUACAAAGUCAAAAGUCACAGAAUGUGAGAAGGAAAUAUAGGUCAAGUUCAAGUUCUGAAUCACCACCAAGAAAAGCUAAACAGAGAAAAAAAUCAAGAAGCAGGACACCACCAAGACAGCCAAAGAGAAAACUGACAGAGGAAGAUAAGAAGAAAAGACUGGCUGAGAUGAUGGAGAAUGCUAAAUGGAGAGAAGAACAAAGAACCAGUAAUGUAAAACGUUAUGCCAAGGAAGAACAGACGGAGAAGGAUAAUCAACAGAAAAAUUAUGAAACUACAGGCAGCUCAGAAUUUGUUAAUCCGAUGAUGUCACUGCAUGCAGAGCAUAGUUCUGUGGAGGAUCGUAUCAAGAGGAAUAAACACAACAUAUUACGUACAGCAGCAGAUAUGGACAGAGGGUUUAGUAAGAAAUAAUGGAAUAGACACUAAUACAUACAGCAGCAGACAUGGUCUAAUGGACACAUGAAGGCAGAAAAAUGUUUUUUUUUUUUUCAAGAAUAAACAAUUACAGGGAACAUCAUUUUGAACAAAAACUUGUUAAACAUUUAGGCAUGUGCUUCCUGUAAUCUAGUUCUGAUGUGGAUCUGAUCAAAUGUAGCAGAUAAAAUGGACACUGGGUGUUAAGAAAAACGGAAGUCUUUAUUAGAGACUGAGAGAUGUGUCAAUAAAAAUACCAAUUUUUCUCACUGAGCCACAUUUAGACAGAGAGUAGAUAUAAGCAAAUUUACGUUUUAAAAUGCAGCAUAUCUCUAAUGUGGUUUGGAAAAAAAGAAUUAGACAAUAUUAAACAUAACUGAAAUAAAAAAAAAAAAUACUUUCAUACAUGAUUGAUUAGAUCAGUAGGGAAAGUACGGAUCUACGUAUUCCGGGGUCAUAAGUUUGAUCCCCAAGUAAGGUGUUCUUCGUGACAAAAUCAUGAAAGAUUCUGAAAUUAUUCGUCAUCCCCUUUUAACUUAUGUGGGGAUGUUUGUGGGUAAUUACUGAGAACAGUAUUGUACUGGAGCAGAAUCCAGGAACACUGGUUAGUUUAACUGCCUAUCGUUACAUAACUGAAAGUUAUACCCAAAACAUAACAAACAGAUAUGAUUGACCAAUGAAACAGGUUACUUUCGCUUACAAAUUGACCCUCUCAAUAUUUGUUUAGCAGAUCUGUGUUACAGCCUGAAUGUUGAAGGAUUUUUUUCUCAUUAUAUACAUGUAUAUAAAGUGCAUCAGUAUUGUUUCAAAUAUUUUUGGAUUUGUUUGCACAGAAAAUUGUUAUUUGCAAUAAAAUAAUUGUUGAAAUGAUAUA